UAAGGCGGCUUCUCUAGGGUUGGAGUUUGCAAACCUACUUGGCAGAACAAUUAGGGUUCACAUUCUUCGCUGUAUUUUUAUAUCUAUUAAUUUAGGGUUUUAUACACGUUUCAUGAUCUAGGGCUUUAUACACGUUUCAUGAUCUAGGGUUAUAUAUAUAUACACUCAUUGGAGCAGGAUGGCUUCAAUGGAGAAGAUCUCGGCUGAUCUGAAGCUCGUGGAUUCGAAGAAAGAAAACCUCCGUGAAGCCUUCGAGCAUUCACUCUUUCUGCUCACAAUGCAGUGGAAGGAUUUAGAGGAAUACUUCGAUUUAACUCGAAAAUCGAUAGAACAACGGUUCGAUGAACUCGAGUCGAAAGAGAAGAAUUUCAAUUCAGUUCAACUGUCGUUGAAAGAGCGUUCUGAAGAGCAUAAUUCAAUCCAAAAAUCAAUCGAAGAAAGGCUCAAAGAACUUGGGUUGAAAGAGGAAAAGUUGAAUUUUACCAGAUUGUCGGUUGAAGAACGGUCUAAGGAACUGGAUUCUGUACAGGAAUUGAUCAAUGAAAGCUUGAACGAGCUUGGAAUCAAAGAGAAGGAAUUGGGUUCGGUACAGAAAUUGAUUGAUCAACGUGUUGAAGAGUUCGAAUUAAAAGAGAAGCAAUUCGAGAAACGCCAUAAAGAUCUUGAAUUGAAAGAGAAGCAAUUUGAUUUAAUCCAGAAGUCAAUUGAGAAUCGUUUCAAAGAGCUCGAAAGGAAGGAGAAACUAUACCAAGAGCGUGCCAAACAGCUGGGCCUGAAAGAGAAACAAUGCGAAGAGCUCUCAAAAUCUCUGGAAUUGAAAGAGAAACAAUGCGUUCUUAGUGCUAAAGUAAAAGUUGAAGAACCAGAAUAUACGCCUGUCGACAAUGCAAUAUAUUAUUCUUCUUCUGCAAAUAUUCGAUUUUGCAUUACCAUGGAUGGCAAGACUUUGCAAAUUUUCCUGAAUGAGCACUUGAAUGAGCAUGAUUCCAUGCGAGACGAAGUUUAUGCUGCUCUUAGAAUGUCAUCAGACCCUGCAAAGCUUGUGUUGGAUGCAAUGCAAGGGUUUUAUCCUCCAUUUUUAAAGAAGGGAGAUAAGGAGUUUGAGGGAAGCGUUGUUAGGAGGAGUUGCACCCUUUUGUUGGCGCAGUUGAUGAGAGCUUUGCCAUUUAUCACACCCCCUGUGAGAGAGGAAGCUACCAAACUUGCAGUUGACUGGAAAGCAAAAAUGAAAGUAGACAGUGAGAACUCUUUGGUGGUAGUGGGUUUUUUGCAGCUUGUAGCAACUUAUGGUCUGAUUUCUAGUUUCGAUAGGGAUGAGAUUUUAAAGCUUUUUGAAGCUAUUGCUCAGCAUAGAGAGGCCCCUGCAUUAUGUCAGGCUCUUGGUUUUGCUGACAAGGUCCCUGAUCUCAUCCAAAAUUUUAUAAAAAAGAAGCAGCACCUUGUGGCUCUUAGACAUAUUUGUGCAUUUGAGCUUGUUGACAAGUUCCCACCAGUACCCCUCUUGAGAGAAUACUUGAAGUACUGUGGAAAGAUGGCUUACAAAUCGCAUAAUGUGCAGAAUAGGGCCAUAGAAGAAAGGGUGGCUGCUGUAAUAAGAGGCAUUGUUGGUCACGACCUUGAAAUCAAAUACUCAAUUAGCAACCUCGAGGAAUGCAUUGAACACCUUAUAAUGCUGAAGGACGGAAACUUAUGUAUUGUGCCAGCAAGUGAAAAUAAACUUACAUCGUCCAUAACUGACCCCAUCUCUACUAAAGCCCUCAAUGACGCCCCUAUUCUCCCGAAGAUUACUGCCCCCACUCUCGCCCCUGUCACCACUAUGGCCUUAAUCCUUGCCAAAAUGGAUGGAAAGAGAUUGCAAAUUUUCUUGAACGAGCAUUUGGCAGAGCAUGAAUUAUUGCGCAACGAUGUUUCUACUGCUCUUCAAAUGUCCGUCAACUCGGCAAAACUUGUUUUGGAUGCAAUGCGAGGAUUUUAUCCUCCACAUUUGAAGAAGGGAAAUAUGGAUUUUGAGGCAUGUAUUUGUAGGAGGAGUUGCAUGCUUUUGUUAGAGCAAUUGAUGAGACUCUCACCUCAGAUUACUCCUAAAGUGAAAGAAGCAGCAAUGAAACUCGCAAUUGAAUGGAAAGAGAAGAUGAGAUCAGAAACUGAGAUAUUGGGUUUUCUUCAAAUUGUAGGUGCCUACAGAGGGGCCUCUGCUUUUGAUGUAGAUGAACUAUCAAUUCUUUUUGGGACUGUUGUGCACCUAAGACAUGCCCCUGAAUUAUGUCAAGUCCUUGGUUUCUCAGAAAACAUCCCUGUUGGCGAUGUCCUUCAUUCACAAGAAGAGGUUGACCAGUGUUCAUCUGAAAAUUCGCUGUUAAACAACAAAGUUAAUUCUUCAUCUGUGGGUCCUCAAGUUGAUAAAUCUUUAUGCACCAAUAUGGAAAGAAAAGAAGUUUGCAGUUCUAUUCGAUGUUCACUGGAUCCAGCAAAGCUAGUUUUGGAUGCUUUGCAAGGUUGUUAUUAUUCAGGCUUGAAGAAAAAUAGGUGCCCCGGGCGGAUUGUCGGGAGGAGUAGUGUUAUUUUCUUAGAGCAAUUAAUGAGAGUCUCACCCGAAAUUAAGCCUCAUGUCCAAGAAGAAGCAAUGAAUUUUGCAGUUGCUUGGAAAGCAGGCAUUGUGAAGAGCGAGAAAGCUUUAAAGGCCUUAAUUUUUUUGCAGUUAGUAGCCAUCUAUAAUUUGGUCUCUUCAUUUAGUUCAGACGAGCUUCUUGGUUUUCUUGGAGAAGUUGGCUGGCAUGGGCAGGCCAUUAAUUUAUUUCCAGCCCUUGAAUUGGUGGAUAAGAUCCCUGAUUUUAUCCAACAACUUAUAAAAAAGGAGCAGCGGCUUGCAGCUAUCAAGUAUAUUUGUGCAUAUGGCCUUGUUGACAAGUUCCCGCCAGUACCUCUCCUGAAAGCCCACUUGACCUAUUCAGAGGAGAUUGCCAAUAAAACAUGCAAGAAGGGGAACAAUUCUCUUAAAGCACAGGAUAGGGCGAUAAAGCAAGAAGUAGAUGCUAUCAGAGCUGUAAUCAAAUGCAUUACAGAUCACGGGCUUGAAUCUGAGUUCUCACCCGAAAACAUUAAAACACGCCUUGAACAGCUGGAAAGGAAGAUUGCAGACCGGAGAAUCGUUGUGACACACCCUGCAUCUGAGGCUCAACCUCGAGAGCAAGCUGGGAAAAAAAUUACUACACCAACCCCUGCCCCUUCAUCUGAGGCUCAACUGCAGAAGGAAGCUGGGAUUAAAUGUAAUUCCUCAACCCCUGCCCCUUCAUCUGUUGCUCAACCGCAAAAGCACGCUGGGAAGAAAUGUAAGGCUCUACUGCAAAAGAAAGCUGGAAUUAAAUGUACUGCCCCAACUCCUGUCCCUGCCCCUUCAUCUGAGGUUCAACCGAAAAAGGAAGCUGGGAUUAAAUGGAAUUCCUCAACCCCUGCCCCUUCAUCUGCAGCUCAACAGCAAAAGCAAGCUGGGAAAAAAUGUAGUACCCCUGCAUCUGAGGCCAAAGCACAAGAGAAAGCUGGGAAAAAACGUAUUGCACCAACCCCUGACACUGCCUCCAAGACUCAACUGCAACAUCAGCGAGCAAAAAAAUGCCGUCGGACAGCUAAAUCAACCGCAGCAGCCUCAAUGGCUCCUGUAGGAACUGCUUAUCCCAUCCACUCAGCACAGCCUCCUCCUCAAAUCCCGACAUGCUUUUCUUCAGAACAAGCUACACUUUAUUUAGGGCCACCUGCUGAAUACUGUAGCCCAGCCUGCCCAGGGGUAUCCACUCCAAAUACCUCGAGUAUGAGCCAUUUAAGUUGGCAGUAUGGAUUCGAUGCCCCUGCUAACAGGGGCUCCAUGCCACUUGGUUCGGCUGGUUACCACUUGGCACAGCCUCCUUCUCAAGUCCCGACAUGCUGCACUUCAGAACAAGCUGCACCUUAUCUAGGGCCACCUGCUAAAUACUGUAGCCCAGGGGUAUCCACUCCAAAUACCUCAAGUGUGAGCCAUUUAAAUUGGCAGGAUGGGUUGGAUGCUCCUUUUAACGGGGGCUCCAUGCUACUUGGUUCAGCUGGUUACCACUUUGGCUCUGCUUCAUCAUUUGGGGCCCCAAGUACGCAUCAGUUGUAUCAUCCAUGGCACUAUCCCCAACCAUCAUGAACCCGGUCACCUCGGAGACGACACACCAAUGGAAUGUCUUAAACUCUCCAAAAAGGAGGAAUGACCAAAUCACAGAGAUUGACAGCCUUCCAAGAUUUGGCCAUCUAAAAUUUAGCCUAGGAAGCACUUCAAUGACAGGAAGAUGGAUGCAUUCAGGUAGCAAGCGUGACAGUGUCUAUGGUAUGAUACCUGAAUGCAUCCAUCUUCCUGUCAUUGAAGUGAUUCCUAGGCUAAAUCUUGGAGGGUUAUCAAUCUCUGUGAUUUGGUCAUUCCUCCUUUUUUGGAGAGUUUAAGACAUUCCCAUUGUGACCAAUCAUAUUGUACAGAUUAUUAUUAUUAUUUUUAUAUAUUUUUGUACAGUGUUGGUGAUUACCCUGUAAAGAGGUUUUUUUUGGAUGUUUUCCAAAAAGGUGUAAAAGAUGCCUUUCUAUAUGACGACAUUGUUGUUGCUGCUUAAAGGUUGAAUUUAUCACGUGAGCUUUGUUCAUAUGGUUUAUGCUUAUUAUUCAAAAUCACCGGUAUGAAAAGAGUGACAGCUCUAUGUAUAUUCUUGUAACACCUCUCGUGUUUUAGAUUUAGGUCCAUGGUCGUAGUUCUGUGGAUUCUUUUUCAGGCUUGUGGAGGCAUUUUGGAUUCAUUAUACAACAUUUCUCCUUAUACAUACAUAUAUAUAGACAUUAUUUAUUUAUUUAUUUAUUAUUAUUAUUAUUUACUUGGCUAGAAACAUUUUUUUCCAUUGACAUGGUGUCGGGCCCUUGACAUGAUUAGAU